UUAUCUAUCGUUGUCAAUAAGUACGUAUUGGUCGCAAAUGGCAAAUGAAACAGAUAGUUAUGAUGAAAAUGAGGAGCUAUGGUUUCUAAAUUUGCAAGAAUUUCUUGAUGAAGCUGAUAUGAUGAUAAAUGUUAAAAAUCUCGAUGCUGAAUCAAUUCCUACUUUUUUUAAAAAUCUUGAAUCGUUUGACUCAACCUUUCACCAACAUAGUUUAGUGCAGCAAAUAAGAAAUAAACUCGAAAUUGAACUUUCUCCAAUGAUUGACCAAUGCAUUGAAGAAAGUAUUACAGUUGAAAGUGAUUUAUUAUCUCCACAAAUUGACACAUUUGUUAUGAAUUCUCAAAAGUUUACUAAUGUUAGUCAGCAUAUAAUUGAUUCUGUUUCUGAAGCAGCCAGACAUUUAAAAGAAAUUUUUAAAUCUGAUACAUUUGUUUUUUUUAACAAUUCUGAUGGUAACAAAUCUAGUGAAAAUAUUUUUUAUUGUGACGACUCUGUAUGUUCAACUGUCGAUGGUAGUGAUUAUAUGUUUAUGUCUGCAAGACAUUAUAAAGCACUUUCACACGAGAUUGAACCUUCUAAUUCUCUAAAUAUGCGUUUACAAGCACUUACCAUACUUAAUCAGGUUCCUCAAGUUGACCUUGUAUCUAGUGAAUCUUGGAGUUUAACAAAGGAAAGGCUUGUUUCAGGUCUUUGUGAUGAAAAUGAAGAUAUUGUAAUUGAAGUGUUAAAAUUAAUUUCUAAGUUAUUUUUUUCUGGUAGCAGCCGUGUUGUAAAUGAGUUUCUUUUUAUCUUAAUACAGAAUCUAAUAGAAUAUUUUAAUGACAACACAUCUCACAUGAUAUCCAUUGAAACUGGGCUAGACUUAGGAGACAAAAGGAACAUUCUACUUCUUCGAAAAUUUAGAUUGCUCAAUCAAAUAAUAAUAGAAUUACCUGUUCAUUGGUUACGAUAUUCUGAAACUGUUAUUGAGAAUAUUGGAGAAAUGUUAGUUGAGUUACUAUCUAUUACUCCGACCCCAAUUACUGAAACAUUUGGAAAAUAUUUAAUGACACCGUUGCACUUUUUUUCAUUAUUAGAUCCUCAAGCAACCUGGUAUCAAAACUGGAUGCAUAGUUUUUAUGGGCGGUCAAAUUUAUUAAAUUCAAUUAGAAAUAAUAUAAAAUUUGUAAAGAAUAUUUUAUCAAACUUUUUAAUAACUGCAAAAAACUUCAAUAAUAUAAAAGACAUUUUUCAAGAAAAUGAAGAAUACAUCAACUAUGACAAUGGUGACAUUCAUUAUAUAUACUUUAUUCAUAUUGUACAUAUUAUGACCAAUUUAUUGUUCUACAAAGAAGGUACUCUAAUGUUUAAUUUUGAAUCAAAUAAUGGUUUUGUUGUGAGUAUUAACGAACUUGUUGAAAAAUUUAUUAAAGUUCUUAAAAUUGUAUCUAAUGCAACUGUAUCAAUCGAAACUGAUUUUAAUCCUUCUAAUAUGCUUGUCAAUUUGAUUAAAAAUCUCUCCUGCAAUGAAAGUAGUUUUUGUAGAAGAAUUAUUUGUAAUCAAGGUGUUUGUGAGUUGGUUUUUGAACCAAUUUUAAAUACAAAACCAGAUAUUAGUAGAAAUCUUUUUUGCGCCUUGGCUGAAAUUAUUAUAGUCAUUGCUGAAUGUGACUCUGGUCGGAAAAUUAUUCUGAAAAUGAAUAACCUAAUUGUUCCAAGGUUAAUUGCCUUAAAUGAUCAUUUUAAAUUGCCACAAGAUAGUAAAGCUUUUAUGUUAUUACUUAAGCUAAUCUCCAAAAUUUUUAACACUUUAGAUGGAAUUUUUAGUAUAUCUGAUUCCUUAUUUUUUGUAGAGCUGUAUAACAAUUUUCUAAAGAGGCGAGCUCAUUCUGAUGAGAAAGAUUCAAUAGUUAAAUAUACAAAAUUAUCAAAAGAGGAACUUAAACUUGCACAAUGUUUAUUAAGUUUUUCUAUAACUCCCAAGGGUUUUAAUUGCUUAGAAUCAAGUGGUGCUUUGGGUACAAUAUUUUUUAUAGAAGAACCAUACAGAGAAAAAUAUCUUUUUAGUUCUUUUGUAAAUUUUGUUGUAGCUUCUCAUGGUGGUGUUGUUGCAUUAAAAGAAGCAGGUUUUUUUACAUCAUUAUUACGCAAUACAUGGUUUCAUUUGGAAGGCUGCUCUAAUGAUUAUACCAAAACAAUAAUGUCAGAUAUCUCAGAAGAUUUAUCGGAUAAAACAUCUAAUGAAUUUUAUAAUUCAAUUGUCAUGCUGUUUUCAUCUUUUCCUGCUGUAAAAUAUCUGCUAAUAGAUGAAUAUAAUGAAAGUUCAAAUUUUAAAAACAUGGAAAGUUUUCAAGACUUGAUUACUUGUACAAUUAUCCAUGAAAACCAGUCAUUGCUUUUGCAUUUUGAACAGACUCAUUUUUUUAUUCUAAAUAUCAUAGCUGCAAUCAUUACAUGUUUAGAUUCAAUGAUACAUAUUGAAAUAAAAUUUGAUUUAUGCAAAAAACUGCUGUACUUACAAGAGCAAUGCAAGUAUGAUGAUGAGUAUAUCAUUGAUCAAUGCUUAUUAAAAAGAAAUGAAGUAUUAGUACGCUUAUUAUUGUUAGGUGGUGAAUCAGAAAGACUUAUACCACCAGAUACAAUAGAAAAGGAUGAUGGUGGUUUCUGUUUACCAAUAUUUUCACAACUUCCAAUUCCUGAAAUAUAUGAGUUAUCAUCACCUAUUACCUUAAGCAAUAGAACCAGCAAUAGACCUUUGUCAUCGUUUCUAAGUGAGUUUAAAGAUUAUGAUUUUAACAGUAAUGAACUGAGCAAUAUUUAUGAAAAAGCUGUGGAUGUGUUUUUUUCAGAAAUCACAUUAGGAGAUAUUCAGGAAAACUUAGAGCUUGGUUCAUUUCUGACAUUAGCUGUUAAUAUACAAGAAAGAGAUAUGUUGUGUUGCAUUCCUGAAGGUGAAAAUGCAAAUAUGGACUCCAUAAUUAAACUAAAGGCUGAAGAUAACUAUGCAAUUGAUUUAAUAGCAAAUUAUGGGUGUCGUCUAAGUGAAUUUAUUGAUAAUUUUUACAAUGGUUCGUGGUAAUGAAUUAUCCAUUGUAAAACGUGCUCAAGUUUGUUUGCUAUUUGAUGAAGGUCACAGUCAGCGGCAAAUUGCAAGUAAAUUAAGUGUGUCUCGUGGUGCUGUCCAAAAGUGUAUUAGCCGUUUCCUUGAUCCUAACACUUCUAAUUACCUUUCAAGAAGGAGAAGUGGAAGACCAAAGGUAACUUCCAUGCGCACGGACACUGCAAUUGUAAGGUGUGCCAAGCUCUCUCCCUUGUCUUCUUCUGCCAGGAUUCAAUCGUUAUUACCAUCUGAAGAUAAUAUCAGUACUCGAACGAUUAGAAGGAGACUACUUUUUGCUGGGCUGAAGUCAAGGCGACCUGCAAAAAAGCCACUGUUGUCUCGAAAAAAACAUACAAGACCGGUUGGCAUUUUGUCGCAAAUACUGCAAUUUCUCAUCUGAUGAUUGGGAGAAUGUCAUGUUUUCAGAUGAGUCUACUUUCAAUCAAUUUUACACUUUCCAACAACACGUUCGUCGUCCAGAUGGGAUGCCAAAUACUGCAUUGCUACAGUGAAGCAAUGUGCAAAGGUGAUGGUGUGGAGUUCCUUUUCCGGUAAACAUGGACAAGGAGGUUUGUGGUUCAUGCCACAUGGGAAAACAAUCAAUGCUGAGACCUACCGUAGAAUACUGCAGGAGAAGUUGGUCAAUCUUAUGCAGAUUCACCAGGUGGAUCACUUUCAGCAUGAUGGUGCUCCUUGAUAUAGGGCAAGAUCAGUGUCAAAGUGGCUAGCGGAUAAUCAUAUUUCCGUGAUAGGACCAUGGCCAGGGUCAUCACCUGAUUUAAAUCCCAUAGAAAAUCUGUGGGUAAUUAUGAAAAAAAAGGUGGCCGCUCACAAUCCAACAUCACAAGAACAUCUGAAAAGAAUAAUUCAGGAAGUGUGGGCAAUGGAAACUAGUGUGGAGUACUGUCAGAAGUUGGCGCGUUCUAUGCCUUCUCGUAUAGCACAGGUGCUAGCUGCAAAAGGAUACCAUACUAAAUACUGAUAAUUUUGUAAUAAUUAAUAAUGUAACAAUACAUAACAAUGUUUUUGAUAAUCUACAACAGUUGUAUAACAUUUUAGUAACGAUAAGUUUAUGGAGUGAGCAUAAGGCAAUUUUAUGUUAAAAAUUUGAGGUGGAUUCAAACUUUUGGCCAAGACUGUAUAUAUUGUUAACCACUUAUUGUAUAUUUUAAAAUAAUGAUAAUAUAAGAUGAAGAUGAUAAAGUCACAUUUGAAUGGUUCUCUUCUAAAUAAGUAGUUCAAGUGUCAAUUGCAGUUGACAGAUAAUCUUUGAACAAUUUUUGUAUAGUCAACACUAUUAGCAUUGAGUGGAAAAGUUCCAGUAUUUUUAAAACUACUUUGAAUAUUAUUUUUCAUAGAAGGAUCAAUUAUAAUUGAAUUUAAUACCUCUGAGUACAUUCUCCUUGUUUAUCUUCUGUCCUUUGUGGUUAAUGCAGGAUUGUUGGCAUAAAGAUUUUCUAUUUGCUUUCGUUGGCCCAAAAAAAGCCAGAUCGAGUAGCUGCAAGAUAUGUGUUUCAUUUGGGAACAAAGCAAUAAAAAUACAGAGAAAAAUUUACUAAGUAAUUAAGUCAUGGUCUUGGUUUUUACUUUCUUGACUACAUUUAUGCUAUAUGGUUUCACUUUAUUUCAGGAUAAAAUUUGUUUUAUCUGCAAAAGAAUAACUAAGUAUCUACAAACUAAAAGAGAAUAAAACAAUAGUCAAAAAUUCUUUGUCCAAAAAUUAAAAAAAACAUUUGCUGAAUUUGAAUAAAUAGUAGAGUUAGUUUACUAAAAAAUGGUUAUUUUCCUAAAAAUGGGAUUUCUUUUUUUAUUAAAAAUGAUGAAAAAAUGUGCAAUGUAAAAAAAAUUUUGUGGUCAUCCAACCACUUUUUUC